AUGGAGGCUGGGGUUCUGUGGGAGUGGGGUAGAAAAAACCUAGAGGGAGGGGAGCGAUGGGUCUGGGUGGGUUGCUGUGGGGAAAGGGUGGGAGGGAGAGCGGAGAAGAAAUUGGGGGAAGAGGGAGGUGUCUAUGGUGGUGGUCAUGGGGGAAUGAGGAAGAAAAGAAAUGGGAGGGGGCCAUCUAGGGAGGGAAGAUGGGUAAAGGGUUUUUAA